CUGGUUUUCCCUCUCUUGGCUCUACUCUCCAGCGCGAGCGGAACAAGAACUUGGGCGGAGCGCGCGAGUCUUCUCUUCGAUCUUCACCGGGCAUCAUCAUGCGUGCUUUAACGGCGCGAGUGGCCACUGUAAAUUUGACCAAACUGAAGCAUAUAUGCGAGACCGGACUGAGCAUAUUUCAGUUGAUUCUUGCUUUGAUGGAGACAAUUUUUUAUCGAUCUUUGCGCAGUAUUUAUGCAGAAGAAAACCCGGGUAUUUGCAGAGUAGAUGUUCCUCUUCAUACAACGGGAAAGAUGAGCUAGCGCUAGAGCAGGAGGCUGAGAGGAAGAUAGGAUGGUUGUUGAAGUUGUUCUUCGCGGGAACCGCCACGUUUGUUGGCUAUCAAAUUUUCCCGUACUUGGGAGAUAAUUUGAUACAGCAGUCUGUUUCCCUUCUGCAUGUCAAGGAUCCCUUGUUUAAGAGAAUGGGAGCUUCUAGGUUAUCACGUUUUGCAAUAGAUGAUGAAAGAAGGAUGAAAAUAGUGGAAAUGGGUGGUGCUCAAGAGCUUGUGAACAUGCUAAGCACUGCUAAAGAUGACCGCACAAGGAAGGAAGCUUUGAAAGCUCUUGCUGCUCUUUCAAAUUCAGAAGACUUUUCGAAGCUGCGGGAAUACUGCACCAAGCUGGGUUGACCUCCGUCAUGAGGUCCAUGGCAGAUUCAUUUGAGGACGCAGAAGCAGAGAAGUAUAGAUCUGGCUUGUUAAAAAGGUUUCAAGAUCUGAGAUAUGACGAUUCCUCCUAGAGCCGUGGUAGUCUAAUUUUGCGUCAUUGGUGGUUAACUUUGGAGCAUGUCCCAUCUUAUCUGUAACAAUCCCUUGGAAAAGCCUCCGCUAUCCAUCAUCCGGGCAUCUCAUUGUGGCCUUCUCCUGGAUCGCAGAAAACAGAUGCAGCCUUCUGCUUCAAGAAGGUGAGGCUUGGUGACCCCUUUUUUUUUAAUUAACUUUUUUCUUUUUUCUUUCUUUGGUUUUGGGCAUGUGAUGGUUCACUAGUUGAAAUAGAAUAAUGCUGAACUGCAAACUUCUAAAGGUUAGAUCUCCUGUUGCGCAACGAGAUUUGGUGUCCAUAUGGAGAGGUAAUUUUUUGAGUUA